CAACUACAAACUGAUCAAAUGACAUUAAAUUAUCUUUCACCAUUAACUAGAAAUACAUCAAGUAUACAACAACGUUCAUCAUCAAUAAUUAAUUCAACUACAACGAAUCCUAAUCAAAAAGUACCAACAUCAAAUCCAUUAUUUUUUGAUCGAAUUCUUAUAAUGCAAGCUGAAAAAGCACAUAAUUUUAAAACAUAUUCAUUUAAAGGACCACAUUGGUGUGAUUAUUGUGCAAAUUUUCUUUGGGGUCUUGUUCAACAAGGUGUUAAAUGUGCUGAUUGUGGUUUUGAAGCACAUAAACGUUGUUCAGAAAAAGUACCACAAGAUUGUGUUCCACAAAUGAAAUAUCUUAAAUCAAUUUUUGGUGUUGAUUUAACAACUUUAAUUAAAGCAACAACACCAGCAUUAUCAGCUGCUUCAUUAACACCAAUUGUACUUGAAAAAUGUAUAAAUGAAAUAGAAUCACGUCCACAUGCACUUGAUACUGAAGGUUUAUAUCGAAUUGCUGGAUUUUCUGAUACAGUUGAAGAAAUCAAAUUAGCAUUUGAACGUGAUUGUGAUCAUGUUGAUUUAUCUCAAGAACGAUAUCCUGAUAUUCAUGCAAUAGCUUGUCUUCUAAAGUUAUAUUUACGACAAUUACCAAUUCCACUUGUUACUUUUGAUAUUCAUACACAAUUACUUGAAUUACGUCAAUCAUCUUUAUGUGUUACAACAAUUCGUCCUAUAAUUCGUCGUUUACCACCAGCUCAUUUUCAUACAUUAAGAUAUUUAUCUGAACAUCUUAAAAAUGUCUCUAAUCAUUCGACUCGUAAUCAAAUGACAAUUGAAAAUUUAUCUAUAGUCUUUGCACCAACAAUUAUGCGUUCAGAAAAUCCCGAUCCAAUGAUUGGAUUAAAAAAUUCGAAAUCUAUUCAACGUUUACUUGAAAUUAUUAUUGAACAAGCACAUGAUAUAUUUGCUCCUUAA